UUUUUUUUAAAUGCUAAUACAGAAGAAUUCUGUGUCUAGUUAUCUUUUUAAAUUUGGCAAAAUGUUUUUCAAGUAUUUUUUUUUAUCUUUUUUCUUUUUGUUUUUCUUUUUAACGAGCAGUGACAUAAUACCAGCAAAGCUUUCGCUGGAGAGAGCGCCUGACAUUUCACUUCGUUACGAUCUCUUGUCGCCGGCGAUUAUCGCCCGACGCCGAUAAAAAAAUUUCCGAUUCCUUUCUCGACGCCGGCUAUCUUCUCUUCGCAGGGUUCAGGAAAUUCAGUUUUGAAGAGCUCUGGUAGCAAAGUGAAGAGUAAUAAUAUGCAUCAUCAAGGCAUUGUUGAUAGAGAUUUGCUGGAGCAGAGACCGGCAAUCCUCAUGAUCAGAUCAUCUAAAGUCGGUAAAGGUACCCUCCUCUCCAGAUUACUCUCUGUGAAUUUUGAAGAUGCUUCUGAUUACUCAUCUGAUAUGGUUUCCUAUGAGUGGACUAUCAAUACCAAGUAUUACACAGCUGAUGUUUCUGUAUGGAUGGCUCAUCUUCACGAUGAGUUUACCAUUGAGAAAUUGCCAAUAUUUGACCGCUUGUCUGCCUUAGUGAUGGUUUUCGACAUGAAUGAUCUGUCUUCUCUUGUCGCAAUUAAAGAUUGGGUUUCUCGCACUGAUAUGCAGAAGUUUGACAUAUUGUUAUGUAAUGGAAACAAAGUGGAUCUUCUUUCAGGACAUGCAGCUCAUGUUGAGUACAGAAGACGACACCUGCAGAAAAUCAAAGAGUCCUCUGUUAAUACUCAUUUAGACUUAUCUGAUUAUGGAAUUUCUGAAACUGAAGGAAGUAGCUUAUUGGGAGAUGAAGAACCAUCAUGGGAGAUUAGGAAGUCAUGGUUGGAGUGGUGCAAUGAACACAACAUUGAAUACAUUGAAGCUUGUGCAUCUAAUGCUGAUUUCGACAGAUGUUUGUCAGUUGAUGGCGAUUCACAAGGUGUAGAACGACUCUAUGGGGCUCUUUCUGCUCAUGUGUGGCCUGGAAUGGUCUUGAAAUCCUGCAACAAGAUAUCUGAAUGCUUUCAUCCUCACCUCUCUGAGUUGUCAGAAGAAGAAUCGGACUAUGAAAUUGAGUAUGAAAUAUUAUCCACGGGUUCAACACAGUCAUGGAAUGACGCCUAUGGAGGAUGGGUAUCUGCAAAUGAUUCUAUUGUGACCACAACUAGGAGGGGCUCAGUUGCUGAGAAUAUUGAAACCAAGGAAUGUGAUGGACAAAAAGAAUUUGUAUCAGUUGAAAGAGAGCUUCAGCCUUUGACAUCAAUAUCACAGUUGCAAGAAGAGACUGGCAGGGAAGCAAUGCCCAAAGUACAUAUUCCUGAUGGAACCUCUAAGCCUGAUGAGGGUAUGCAUUACGACUUUGAGGAUUUGGAACAGCUGAUGUCGGAGAUUGGGAACAUGCGGGACAGCUUGAGGCAGAUGCCUGAUUUUCAGAGGAGGGAAAUAGCAGCAAAGCUGGCCAUGAAAAUGGCUGCCAUAUCAGGUGAUAGUAUUACUUUGUCAAUGAGUAAGUUAGUUACGUUUUUCUGAUAAAUUUAUAGCUGUGAAAUUCAAAAGUCAUUAUGAUUUGAUGAUUUAACUAUUUAAAUGUGUAGGCUCAAACAUUUUGAUGAAAAAAAUAUGUGCUUAGGUUGAAGUGUUUAACAAGUGAAAUCAAGAUUGCCCUAGAUGUCCUUAUAUCAAUGAUAGUUGAGCACAGAAAAUGCCAUUAAUUUUAUGAUAUAGAAAAACAGUGUCUAAAUCCAAUUUGUUCCUUACAACACCUUCCAUGGACAGGACCAACAAUCGACAAUGGCCUUCUGGACCAACUAUUCACAAAAAUCUCAUAUCCGUGCAUUCUUGCAUUUUUUACCAUUACAUAUGUAGAUUUAAAAUAAAAUAUUUAUUUCUGGACUCUUAUAGUUAGUGCUUAUUGCUAAUUUGGUUUCUGUUUUUUAUAUAUAAUUCUUGAAGCAUUAAGAUUGCAGAAUAUAAGCUUGUUUGUAAAAUCAUUUAGAAUAGCUGUUUGGCAAUUCAUUAUCUUUUGUUAACACAAUCCUAUCUAGGGGUGCACAAAUAUCAGUAGAACCGGUGAACUGGACCGUUAAUAAAAUAAAUUUUAUAUAUAUAUAUAUAUAUAUAUAUAUAUAAUAAUCCUAAAUGAAUCUUGUCCCAAAUCAUCUCAUGAUUUCAUCUUACCUCAGCCGCAAACAGCAAACCCCUCUUCAGCUCCUCUCUCUUAGUUCACCACCACCACCCACCAUCUCAACCCUCAACCGCCACCACCGCUGACUUCCCUCGGCCACCAUAGACCCACGGCUACUGCCAUCAUCGGCUUCAGCCACCAUCGACCUCUGCCACUGACUUGCCUCAGCCACCAUAGACCCACGGCCACCAUCAUCAGCUUAAGCCACCAUCGAUCUCUGCCAGUGUCAUCUCUACUACUUCAGAUCUCUCUCUCCCUCUGUCUUACACACACAGCUAAGGUACUGGGCAGUGGAGACCAAAUCCAUGACUAUUACUACGAUAUAAUGUCUUCCUAUCUAGAUCAAAAAGCUGGGACAGAUUUAAUUAGGAUGGGAUCGGGUAUCAUACUUUAUGAACUAUACACCCCUGUUGAUCCAACUAUCAUGAGCAUAAUAAUUCUGAUACAAGGUAUUUGGCUAAAUGUGAACACCAAAUAACAUCAUGUUUCCUCCAUAGUUGUGGCUUUGUAAGGUAUUGGCCUAGAACCGAACCAAUCCACGGGUUCUGGUUCGGCUCCAGUAAUAAUAUUUUUGGAACUGUUGGGACCAGUUCUAACUUGAUUCAUCCCAGAAUCAGACCGAGCAGAACCGUGUGGACCCAUAAUCACAUCCUUAAUUUUUGGAAGUUAGUGCAAGAACCAGUCAGCAAUAGUACUUCAGUUUCUUUUCUUCCUUUCUUUCUGUUAAGGUCAACUAAAAAUGAUGAUCGGAAAGCGGAGGCUUCGGAGAUGUUACAUCAUGAUUAGUCCAAGUCUUUAGUUGCAAUGGGUAUACAGGGGAAAAGUAAUGGCCGAAUUAGGUUGGAAAUGAUUCUGGCCCUUGUUGGCAUGAGGUGGUCAAACUAAGCGGAAGCAAAAAUAAAAAAUCUGUAUGGCUCUUCCUCCCGUGCUUUCCUUUUUCCUUUCCGCUUUCCUUUUUAUAUUUUUAUACUAGAGAUAGUGGAAGUUGGAAUUGGCCUCCCAAUCAUGAUAUUAAUGAAAAGUUGAUAACCAAAAUAUCUCUCUUAACACUUUUCGUGAGUCUAUUGCAGGAGUGAGAUAUUUAAUAGUACCUACCAUUUUGGGAGGAUUAUGUGGUUCUUUAGUGGGUCUUUACCAGAACUACCAAAGAGGCUGGGAAUAGAUAUGUUUCCUAUAAGACAGACUGAGAACACUAGUAAAGGUCUCUUUUGAGCUUUAGCAUUAGCAUGUAUAAUCAUCUUUUUAUCUGUUUUUUGGUCAAAUUAGUUAGUGAUGACAGUACAUUUUGCCUAUCUCGAUUGAAACCUUUUGAUCCCAAACCCUACUCACCAACCCAAGCUCAAUAGUUUUGGUUAAAUGAAUCCGGAAGAAAAAAGUUUGUGGUGGGAAAAGACAAUCGAGACUUUUUCAUUGAAUGAGAUGGGGUCGUAGUGAAUCCAGGUGAGUUUCAUCAAGUGUUGAUCGUGUUCUUAAUAUUAAUAAAGAUGUAAAGAAUCUUGAAGCUUAUAGCAAAAAUCUUUCAAAUUGAUCUGCUUUUCUUUUUCUGCUAACUUUUCCUUGAACAAACAAAAAUUUAUUCACCCUGGAUAAGACCAGAGAUCCUGACAUCUAAACCACGAGUCUUGAUUGAAAUUGGUGUGCUUGAUUUGGAGGCCACCUUACACACCUGGAGUUUACCUUACAGCAAUAAGUACAAAGGAUUGGUGGUUUGAACGGUUCGGCAUUAAUAAAAAGGAAAAGAGAUUUUUUGAAUAUAUAUGUAUAUAUGAGCUCACUUGGAUUGAAGAAAGAAACUUGCCCCUCCUGGUUAUGCAAUGACACGUGUCUAUUUUGAAUUUAAAAUAUGUAUAAAAAAUAAAUAGAUAUUUUAACUUUCCCUCUCUUACAUUUAAAAUUCGUUAUUCACUAAUGUCAUGGUGGUGUGGAGGAGGUUCCUUUUUGCUGGUGAAGUGACAAGUAAUCAAGUAUUGUUCUUGAAUAAAUUAUUAGAGGGCAAAUUUCUCAAAACUCCCAAAACUAUUAAAAAGUGAUCAUAAACCCCAACAAUAUAACAAUGUUAUCAUUUUACUCCAAUUCUGUCAAUUGGGGCCGUUAACUCAGCGCGUGGUUAACAAUUGUUUUGCCAAAGUGAAUUUUAUGACCAAAAUACCUCUAGAGUAAAAUCUACCAAACAAGUGAAAUAUAUUUAUAUGUGUUAUUCCGAAAAUACCCCCAAACUUGUUACAGUUAAAACCCACAAUUUAGUCUUCUCUCUCUUGCUUUUCAUUCUCUCUCUACUCACGGCCAUCUCCGCUCACCCUUCUGGACAGGCUUAACUAUCAUAAACCCACUUUGAACAACAAUCAUGAAGUUUAGAUAUACAAGUCCACUAACUAACAGAUAAUCAACUUGGCUCAAGAAGUAGAGAGAGAAAUUAAUUAUUUGUAGAGAGAGAUUGAAGUCCGUCCUCUAUAUAUAGCAGACCUAGAUCACCAUACGCAUAUACAGUUUUUGAUUCAAUUGAUCAUUUUCUCUGUAACACAAAAAGCUCUGAAUGAAGAACAAGAACGAAAAGGAAAGAUCGACAAUGGCGGAUUACGAUCCACGUCGUCCAUUGCUUCUGCCAAAUGAAGUUGCAGUAUUUGACAGACUCUUCGAAGUCGAAUUGGAAUUCAAGAUCAAGCAAGGUUACUUCGAGACCGAGAAACAUCAACCGCGCGUAAACACGCCAUUGCUUGCAUUCAGAAAGUACGUAAGAGCGCAGAUGAUGAUCUUCAACUCCGAUUGAAAUCAUCAUCGUGAUCGUUUUCUUUUUCUUCUUGCAUUAGUUAAUUUAUCUCAAGAUCGAUCGUUGAUACAUCAUUGUUGAUUUCUAAAACUGAUUAAUUCAUUUAUGUUUCGUACUUGUUAUAGUAUUCCGAGUGUCCGGACUUUGAUGCGUUCACACCGUACCUUGCAAUGAGCUACUUUGACCGCUUCGUCUCCGAACAAUCACUGCCGGUAAAUUGAAUGGAAACAGAGUAGAAACUUAAGUUCUAAAAAUUUUAUUUUUUCUUCUUCUCUUUUAUGCAUGUAUUUUCUUGGUAACCAAUUAAAUUCUUGAGUUCUAAUUUAUUUUGUUUGAUUAAUUGUUUCUCGAUCAUCGAACUAGAAUGUGAUAAUUGGUGAUUUUCUAAAGAACCUAAAACUUUUUGUGAUAUGCUGCCUUACAAUUGCUUGGAAGAUGAGGUCUAAAUCCUUCUCACCAGACCAUAUAUAUUAGAGACACCACCAGACCCCUAUAACAGAGCAAAAUUAGAGGCACAACCAAAUUGGGUCACUAAUGCAGUAAUUGUUGAUUGACGGGUCGUGGUUGGCUUAUAGAUUGCAUAACCUAAUAGCCACCAAAGAUUAGCCCGUUGGCUCAUAGAAAUAUAAACACAGUUACACACACAAUAUUAUGUAUAUAGGCAAAAAUAAUGAGAGAGAAAGCCGAAACUAGACCUGUAAUUUCUUAGAUCGGCCAUGGCUU